GCCCAACACUCACACAACAGGCAGAGAGACCAAAAAUAUUCAAUAAAUCUCUUCAAGUAGCCGCGAUGAUUUUGUGAAUCAAAUUUGUCACACUUGGAAUUUAUUACAUCCAGAAAAUGAACAGCUUGGUGAACCUAUUGGUCCAUCACAGUACAGUAAACACGCCCAGUUGUAGUACAUUAAUGAAAUGUCCCCCACUCAGCGUGUGGGUGGGCCUAAGUCUUUAUCAAUGGAAAUCAUUUGUUCUUUUUCGGAAAAUUAACUUCAAACACUCUAAUCAGGACGUGCCAGCCAUUUUAUCUUUGAUGAUGCGACUUCAGAAACUUGGUCCAGACAUUUCUUUGUGACGGUCCCAGCCUAUAGUCAGUGUCAGUGGAUACAUUCCUAUCAUAGGAGCCACCGUGGAGGCAUGGUGGUGCUCGGUUCACUCUUACACCCAGGAAUUUUCAUGGUGCUAGUGACUCUAGGGUCGGGACUACAAUGCCCCGCUUGUGAACGCAUACACUGUAGUCCCCGGAAACCCUCCCAGUUGACUUGUAAAGGUGGUACCAGCACGGGGAUAUGUGGAUGCUGUCCCACCUGUGCUAAGGUGAUGGGGGAGCGAUGUGGAGGGGAUUUUAAUUACCUUGGUAAAUGUGAUAGAGGACUUUACUGUCAAAUUCAGGACCCUCAGAAAUUCACAGACCGUCAACCCGAAGGAAACUGUGUCCUAGUUCCCUCACAUAUACAAGAUGCUCCGAAGCCUCAUCAGAAAUGCCGACCAAAAUGUUCGCCAAAAUUUUGCCGGGAACACCCCAGAGCAAUAUGCAGUGCUAUCAAAGUAGCGGACCAAUCACGUGACUGCCAAUUUCCUUGUCAGCAUACUUCCUGUCAGGCCUGUAGAUUCAUAGCGGAACCAAAAUGUAAAUCAUGUCUAAAAGACGACUUCCGGUGUCUCAAGCGAUACGGAAAGUGUGUCAAACGUCAGUAUUGUACAAAGAGGAAGUUCCCAUGUCGAAAACAAUAUAAUAAAAAACAGGAAGGACGAUUUCAGUGUGGUGUGCCAAGUUGUUCAUAGGGAAAUGACACUACAACGUUAUGAACUCAGG